AUGCCAGCUGCCGAUAACCAAUACACCGAUUUCCGGAGUGUCGCUGUGGAUGGCCUCCCCUUCUUCACGCCCAAGCAGAGAGUACCAGUGGGCACGGUAAUUCUCGAAGAUGGUGAGACCGAAGAGUCCGUUACGCCUGCUUUCCGGCCCAUCACGAUCCGCGGGAAAACCUUCCAGAACCGCAUCUGGGUGGCUCCGAUGUGCAUGUACAGCUGUCAAGAUGGCAUGUUCAGCGACUUCCACAUCGUGCACUACGGCCAGUGGGCCAUGCGAGGCAGCGCUCUGAUCACCAUCGAGGCUGCGGCGGUGACUCUGCGGGGCCGCAACACUCCCCAAGAUGCUGGGCUGUAUUCAGAUGCGCAUAUCGCGCCACUAAAGCGGGUGGUUGACAUGAUUCACUCGCAGUCUCAGAAGGCUGCCAUUCAGCUGCAGCACGCCGGCCGAAAGUGCGGCGUCACUCCCCCCUGGUUGGGUCUGCGUGUCGUCCCUGAUGAGUUCGGUGGAUAUGCCAAGGAUGUGCAGGGCCCUACGGCAGAGCCAUGGAACGAGAACUAUGCCACGCCGAGUGAAAUGACCGAGGAGGAGAUCUGGGAGGCCAUCAACGGCUAUGGCGAAGCUGCGCGCCGCGCUGUGGCGGCCGGAAUUGAUGUCAUCGCCGUUCAUGGAGCCCACGGCUAUUUGCUGCACUCUUUUGCUUCACCGGCGACCAACAAGCGAACAGACGGCUGGGGUGGCAGCUUCGAAGGCCGCACGCGGUUCGGCAUUGAGGUUGCCCGUGCUGUGCGGCGCAACAUUCCCAAGGACGUUCCUCUGUUCUGGAAGAUCUCCGCUGUAGACUGGAUGCCCGAGGGCGAGGGUUGGUGCCUUGCCGAUACCCUUCGCUAUGUUCCCAUCCUCGCCGCCGAAGGCGUGGACUUGUUCGAUGUCUCUAGCGGUGGUACCGACCGCAGACAACAGGUUCAACUGGGCCAGCAAUACCAGGUGCCAUUUGCCAAAGCUGUGAAAGAACUCGGCAUCCCCAAUCUGUUUGUCGGUGCUGUGGGCUGGAUCCGCGAUGGUGCUACUGUUCACGAUAUAUUGAGCAAUAACAAGGCUGAUGUUGUUCACGUUGCCCGGGAAUUCCUGCGAGAUCCGAACUUUGUCCAGAAGGUUGCCCUCUCCACUGGCACUAAAGUGACGUGGAUCGACCAAUAUCAUCGUGCCCCGAGUAAGUCUUCACUUGAGCCUCUUUUUGCCUAA